AUGCCAUCAACUUGGUCGUGGACCUACACUGGGGAAAACAUUGUUGGUGAUGUGUCCUAUGACGCAUUUGUGUCAUCCCAACCCUCCACGAGUGCCUCGCACGACUACGAGAUUAUGAUUUGGCUUGCUUCUUACGGAGGGGCCGAACCCAUCGGGUAUGGCUCUGGCCCCAUUGCCUCUCCUAUUAUUGGGGGCAUCACUUGGGAUUUGUACAAGGGGCCAAACACGUGGACGGUCUUCAGCUUUGUGGCAAGAGACACGAUAACAGAUUAUUCGGGAGACAUUAACGAUUUCUUCGGGUAUCUUACUACGAACGAAGGAGUACCCUCGAGUUACUAUCUUCAGACUAUUGGCGCAGGCACGGAGCCCUUUACAGGCUCGAAUGCUUGGUUUACCGUUAACCCUUAUACUAUUAGUCUGAUCUAG